GGCGUAUAUGUCUACUUCGAAUACCUUCAUCAUCGCAGAAGGCAUGGUGUAAUACGUUUAAGGUUGCCUUAACGUCCUGUCAAAAAUCAACGUUGUGAAUUAACUCUUUUUAAUUGUGUUUGUGGAAUAAAACGUUGAACAUUUUCUCUGCAAAAUGGAAAAUAAUUUGUCACUACUUAAGGAAAAUGCUGAAGCUGAGGGAGAAACUCCAGAAAAUGGCGAUCCAUUGAAGUCCACUGAGCUGGGUGAAAUGCCCAUGCCCCCUUUGAUCAAGGAUGAGCCGAUGAAGAACGGAACCGAGACUGCUGAAGAUUCAGUAAAAGAAUCUCCCUUAAUGGGAGAUUCAGUUGAAGAAUCUCCCUUAAUGGAAGAUUCAGUAAAAGAAUCCCCCUUAAAGGAAGAUUCAUACCAUAAACCUCUGGUUAGUAUCGAGAAUAUUGAUGUGGAGAACGUUCCUAUACGCAAGAAGCCCUCCGAGCUCCAGCGACAGAGGAAGAUUCGUGGCAACCGGCUGCUGCGCAAGGCAAUCCUCCCUAGGAACGCUUUAAUGGCCCUCAACGAGUUAAAGGGCAUACAAAUCGAAGAGUUUUCCUUUACUAGCGAUAAAGGCAAAUACACAGCCAUGGCUCUUAUCAACGGGAUUCAGUACGUCGGCCAGGGCAACUCGAAGAUGGCCGCCAAAAAUGCGGCCUGCGAGAAAGCUUUGUGCGACUACAUGACCCACAAGCUGAUGCCCAUACCAUUGGAUGGGGGGAACGAGGAGAGCGGUGAUCCCGAAGACGACAAGUCCAUGCUGAAUCUGGCAUCGUUUGCCCUUCACAAGCUGUACUUGGAGUGGGAGAGCAAGGGAUUCCCCAUUCCCAGCAUGCUAUUCCCGGAAAAUAAUAAAGAUGGAACAUCAGAGAGUAUGGCUCGCUCUGAAUUGCCCAAUGGCUGGGAGACUAUGCAUCCGGUCUCGGUACUGUGCUUGAUGCGUCCAAAUAUCACCUUUCUGGAUGUGGAGGCCUCCGGCGACCAAGAUGAUGGUCUCAAAUGCGUACGCAUAACCGUGGACAACCGCCCAUUCACGGCCAAUGCCAGAUCCAAGAAGAUAGCUCGUCGCAUGGUGGCCAUCGCCGCCUGCAAUGCUCUCUUUGGAACGAACUUUACCAGCACGGAUCUUUUCCUAGCAGCUUAGCAGCCGGAUCUUUGCCAGCAGAGCAAUCAAC